AUGGGAAGCAUAUAUGGGAUUGCCUCACUCCCAGCUUUCAAAAGCGACAGCCUUGAAGAACUCCACGGCGCAUUUCAUUCUAUCCGUGAAUUGACAUUCGACACAUGGGCAACGCCCAAAUUGAGGAUAUUCAAGCUCUACUACUGUAAGAUAGAAGCAGUUCGAAUCUACAAGAGCAACAGUCUUGAGGAAAUCGAAGAACUCCGCCUCAGCAACAAUAUUAUUUGGAAUAUGGAGUUUGACAGAAGGGCAUUUCCAAAAUUAAGAAAACUUUGGCUUGAUCAAAACGCCUUGACCUCAGACCCAGCCUUCAAAAGCGACACCCUAGAAGAACUUUACCUCUAUAAUAAUAGAAUCACUAAUCUCGAGUUCGAUAGAUGGGAAAUUUCCAAAUUAAGGAUCCUCUGGCUCCAAAACAAUCAGUUAACCUCACUUCCAGCCUUCAAGUGCGACGGCCUGGAAGAAUUAUACUUCGACGGAAAUGAUAUCACGAGAGUGGAGUUCGAAAGAUGGGAAACUCCCAACUUGAGGAUCCUCUCGCUCAAGUCCAAUGCGUUGACCUCACUUCCAGCCUUCAAGAGCGACAGCCUGGAAAACCUCAACUUCGACGGAAAUAAAAUCACAAAUGUGGAGUUCGGCAAAUGGGCAACUCCCAAAUUGAAAAAACUCGAGCUCCAGAACAACAUGUUGACCUCAAUUCCAGCUUUCAAUAGCGACAGCCUGUCUGAGGGAUUUCCAUUUAAGUCGAAGGAAAGUAAUGGUCCUUGGGCUCACACAAUUGUCGACCUUAAAAAAAACAGGAUAGCUAAAAUUGACGGGAGGAGUCUCCACGGGAUCCUGAAGGAUCUUUCCCAUGGAGAUGGAUUUCUUCGCCUAGAUGACAAUCCCAUCCUGUGUGACUGUGUCUUAUCCGGGUUGACAUUCUCUCCUGAAUCGUUCAAAAAAGCAGGGGAAACCGGCUGUGGACUACCUCCUCGCAUCAAAUACGGACGCUUCCAUGUUCUCCCAUGCUCUAAUGAUGAGCAGAGCUCCAAAAAUGGAACAGAAUGCAUUAAAGAUGGGAGAUACCUCAUUGGAAGUAAAGUGAACUACAAAUGUAGGAAGUUUUAUACUCUUCGGGGCCCACGUAUACGGACAUGCGGAGAGAAUGGAGAAUGGACUGGCCCUGACCCCCUUUGUGAACCUGAGUGCGGCCGGAUCAAAAACCCGGUUGCAUCCGCUCAGCGAUUGGUUCGUGGAGGAAAAGUAGCAGCACGUGGAGCUUGGCCUUGGCAGGCGGGCAUCUACGAUGACCAUUCGGAGGUGAAAGAUAUAAUUUGUGGAGGAGUUCUGAUUGGAAGGCAAUGGGUUCUCACGGCAGCACAUUGCGUCGUGGAAGGCGAAGACACAAUUGCAGUUCGUGAUGUGAAUGAUUUCUUGGUCUAUCUCGGCAAGCAUCAUCGAAAUACGUCCCUGGACGAUGAAUUCGUGCAGAAGUUGAAGGUGACUCAAAUCAUCGUGCAUGACCAAUACACCGGUUUUGAGUCGGACAUUGCCCUAAUGAAACUCCACGAUUCGGCGAAUAUCACGAAAUGGGUUCAAUUGAUCUGUCUGCCGUUCGAUGAUGAACUGUCUGAUCAAAUUUUGGAUGGUGUACAAGUUAAAGGUGGUCCUCACCGAGGAUAUGUGACAGGUUGGGGAAUAGAUGCCUCAAAUCGGGGAACAGACGUCUUGACUCAGGUGCAGCUGGCAGUCAUAACAAAGGAAGAAUGCCGAAAUAAAAUCUCGGAAAUCACAGCAGCGCACCCUGAUUCCAUCUCCAGGAACACGUUUUGUGCAGGAGAACAGAACUAUUCCUCCUCAUUUGUGGAAGAACAAGCAAAAGAAUACAGGACAGUGUGUAAAGGGGAUUCGGGGAGUCCCAUGGUCUUCGCCUCUCUUAGUCUUCUGAAAAGUCAGUGGGUGGUCGAAGGAAUCGUCAGUCAUAUCUAUGAAAGGCCAGGACAGAAUUGCUCCAAUUACGAACCUGGACAGUAUGGCGUAUUCACUCGAGUCAAUAAGUGA